AUUAAUCUUCGAUCGGAAUAUAUCUCCAAUACGUAGGUACGGCCCUGCCUCACCGUGUCGAAAGGACCCGAUUCCGUUAGAUCUGAACGUCCAUGUUCCGCAGGUAAAUGCCAACCAAUGGGAGAGCCCGUAUCAGCGACGCACCUGGGUAAAACAGGCAAGAAACGAACGGGGCAACGAGCGAUCAGGUAGUUGUUCAAGUAUUUCCAGUUGAGCAUGAUCGGCACGUAGAGCUCUCUGCCGAAAACUUCCCCUCCCUCUCCUUCUCUCUCUUUCUCCCUUUGGGUGUGUGCACAUUGUGAACAUUUGUAAAUAGAUAAGAAGUUAAACGUUCGGCCACGAUGCCAUACUACAACAGCGGACACAGUCCUUCCACUUACAAAGAUGGAGGCUCCAGUGGGCCAUCGAGCACAUCGGGCGGCCGAGUCAGUAGCUCCGAGCCGACGUACAUGAUGGAGCAUUUGGCCACGUUCACGGUCACGAAGGAAACCGGUAUUGUUUAUCCAACGGACGGUAUGCGGCGACUUCUGCAGUUGGAGAAGAGUAACGGCAUCUGGAGCCAAAAGAUGCAGCUCCGUCUGGAACGGAACUGGGUCCUGAUCAUGGACAACGAGACAGGGGCCGUCAUGGAGCGAUUCCCAGCCUCGUUGAUACAGGAACCGACCGCAUUCACGUCGAGGGACCCUAUGGAGAUGUAUAACAACAUUCUCGUCUUCACAGUGGCGGAUGACAGCGGUUCCGGUCAGCGAGCAGAGAUGCAUAUAUUCCAGUGUCAAAGCGUCUCGGCCCAGGACCUCGUCGAGGACUUGAAAAUGUUGCAGAUGGGGAAAUUGGUACCCGGAGGUUCGCCCAGGGGACCUAGGGGUCGCAUACCACCGCCUCCCACAUUGCCUCCACCUGAGCCACCCUUGAAUGGGGUGAACGUUCGAGAACAAGUGUCUGCUUUUAACGCUAAUAACGACGGUCAGAACGACAUAUCUCGCGAGGAGAACAACGACGAGGUCUCCUCGACGUCCUCGGAGAAGUACGAACGCGACGUGACCAUCCUCAACCACUGCUUCGACGACAUCGAGAAGUUCAUCGCGCGCCUGCAGCACGCAGCGGCCGCGUCCAAGGAGCUGGAGCGGCGCAGACGCAACCGGAAGUCGAAGAAGAGAAACCUAGGCGACGGUAUGCUGACGAUGAGAGCGAAACCGCCUCCUGAAAUGGAGUUCAUCGAUAUAUUCCAGAAGUUCAAGCUCUCGUUCAACUUGCUGGCUAAGCUGAAGGCCCACAUCCACGAUCCCAACGCUCCUGAGCUGGUUCACUUCCUCUUCACCCCUCUGGCUCUGAUCGUGGACGCGUCUCGCGACACCAAUUACGAUCCUAAUUUACCUAGCAAAGUGGUGUCGCCGUUGUUGACCAGAGAAGCCGUCAAUCUUCUCAUCAACUGUGUCACUAGUAAGGAGACAGAGUUGUGGCACUCUCUGGGCGACACUUGGCUGAUACCACGCGACCAAUGGAAGGGACACGUUCCUCCGUAUCAUCCCAUAUUCAUGGACGGUUGGUCACCGGAGUAUCCCAUACCAGAAGACAGAGAUCACGAUCACCUAGCCUCGUUGUUAAACGCGGAUAAGCAGAAGAGGGACGAGCUGCCGGAGCAACAGAACGACCCUUACUACAAUCACCGCGAAGUGGACGAGUCCCAUUACAGCAGUGACUACUUGGAGUACGAGAGCAGAGAGGAGCGCGGUGGCAACGAGUACUUCGAUAGAAAUUAUGGGACCAGUUCUGAAUUGUACGGCAGAGAGGAGCGAGUGGUCGACCAGAGGGCCCACAGCGACAUAUCCGUGGACUCUAUCGAGAGAACACCGAGGGUCGCUGGGAUGGAGAGGGCUCAGGAGGCUUGGCUGGACGACCUGAUGGCUAGACACGCGAAGAUCGUGCAGGUCACCUAUCCCAGAACGGCCAAUAACGACAAGGAGCUGACGGUGGUGAGGGGCGAGUAUCUGGAGAUCCUCGACGACAGCCGGAAGUGGUGGAAGGCGAGGAAUUCCAGGGGACAGGUCGCGCACGUGCCGCACACCAUCGUCACGCCCCACAACCCGUCCCAUUCCGCCGAGAACGACGUUUUCAACAAUCCCCUGUACACCAGCCGAUAUCCGCGACAGGGGCACGGCUACAAUUACGAGGAUUCAGAAAUUGAAAGAACCAGCACUAGUCCAGGCCCGGAAGCCACGCAUCGGACACACGCGAUCCCGCCACCGGCACCUGCUGAUUGGGUGAGGAAAGAGAGGCUCGGGAAAAAAGAUGAAUUUAAUGAAACAACGCCUAUCAGUAACAAGGUAAUAUUCUCACUUGGAACUGACACUAACGAAGAUACACGACCGAUCGUUGAAAAUCAGAAAACAAAAAUCAAUAAAGUGACGGAAAUAGUUGAGGUGCAUCCACCACCUGCUAACGUAUCCAAGGAAGUUAUUCCUGUAACACCAACAUCAACAGCCCCACCCCCACCUCCGCUGCCAUCUCUGCAGACUCAGACAUCAGUCUCUUCUACCACCUCUAGCAAAGUGUCAACGUACAAAAGCACCAAGUCGAAUUUUGGAAUUAACACUCAGAACCAAGUGCAAGAGGAACUGAAGCAUGUGCUCACCAUAUAUCGCGAGAAGAAACAGAAUGUCAAAGUUGUUCCAGGGUGCGAGGCUAUCUUGGACCAACGUUCCUCGCCCAGCGAAGUAAAUAGCUGGUUGAUCGCCAAAGGCUUUUCAGAAAAGACCUGCAAGCAAUUAAGGGAUUUAACUGGUUCAGAUAUAUUUGAUUUAACCAGAAGACAAAUGGAGCAUUACUGCGGCGUAUCGGAAGGUACUAGACUUUACAGUCAAAUCACGUUAGCACGAAGUGAAUCCGAGCAGAAGAAUCCUCGAACAUCGGAACUAAAAGAAAUAUUGGAAAAAGCUCGACACAGAGCCGAAGAACAGUAGUCCAUCGUCUAUAAAAUACUCUCCAUAAAUUAAGAGGAACAAAAUAUGAAUGAUACAUAUCCCUAGAGUGUAUGUAGAAAUACGCAUGCGAAUAGAGGAAUGUAAUACUACGUCAUACACCUUUACCAUUAAAUGGCGGUAGUACGAUCUUCCCUUUUGUAAAAUUCUGUGAUGUCUUUUUCUAAACAUUAACUUGCAACGAAGCGUUUUUACAACUGAACGUUUGAAUGAGAUUUUAGGAUUUAUUUCUACGAUGUACAGUUACUUCGAUAAUGGUAGGAUGUUUUAUUAUAUAUAAACGAAUACGUUUUUCGAAUCCCGUUACAAUGAAACCUGACUUAUAAAUAAGUUUUUCGCUAAACAGCUAGAAGAGGCUUAACACUCAUUAAGAGGCUCGGCUCAAUAUUGAUGUCAAGUUUUUAUUUCAAGCGAUCACAUACAUUGUAACAGACAUAAAUAGGUACUCUAGCUGUAUAUCACUUAUUAUAUCGAUAAACUAUACAUUUCUUUCGAAUACUCGACUCGAGGUCACGCAACGUGAACACAUUGAUAAUUAUAUUUUUUAUAAAGGUAAAUCUGUUGCCAAGCCCUCGCGUGUACAGUUAAUGAAUUCCCAUAGAAAAGUUUCAUGUAAAACGCGUAUUUCCAUUGCAAUGGUGAACGAACAGAAAAAUCCCCACCUUUACAAAAAAGAAAACGAUAAUUAUGUAUUUUCAGCGAAUGUAACAUGUACGAUAAAGACUCAAUAAAUUGUUAAUAGUCUACAAA